AUGAGUUUAAAUGAUAAAGUAGUUCUAGUUACUGGUGCCAGUUCUGGGAUUGGUGCAGCGAUUGCAAUCAAAUUUGCAUCAGAGGGGGCAAAAGUUGCAAUAGUUGGAAGAAAUGAAAAAAAAUUGAGCAAUGUAGCAAAUCGAUUGCAGGCGGUAGGCAGUACACCUUUAGUAAUUAAUGCUGAUGUGGCAAAAGACGACGAUGCCAAAAGGAUUGUCAGUGAAACAAUUGGGCACUUUAGCAAACUAGAUGUAUUAGUCAACAAUGCAGGUAUCGGGAACAUAGCAACGAUUGUCCAAGAAAAUACGAUGGAUGUCUAUGACCAAGUUAUGGGCACAAACCUACGAGCGCCAGUACAUUUAAUCCAUCUUGCGUCUCCACAUUUGAUCGAGUCCAAAGGAAAUGUCAUAAAUGUGUCAAGUAUAGCUUCUAAGUGUGUAAUAUCUGAUAAUAACCUGGCAUAUGGGGCAUCGAAAGCUGCCCUAGAUCACUGUACAAAAUAUAUAGCAUUCGAAUUGGCACCUAAAGGAGUGCGAGUUAAUACUAUAAAUCCUGGGUAUGUAAGAACUGAUAUUCUUGAAAAAAUUGUCCAAAAUGAAGAUUUUGAAAAUUUAAUAUGGAAAUCUAUGAUGAAUAGUUCACCGAUGCACAGACUCUGCGAAACUGAUGAAAUUGCUGAUCUUGCACUUUUCCUAGCGAGUGAUAAGGCAAAAGGAAUCACUGGUGCCAGUUAUGUUAUUGACAGUGGUGCGUUGUUGUUAGGUGGAAAACGACCGCCACUAGAGAGUUGAAUAGUGAGAAAUGGAAACCCCUUUUUAAACCCUAGAAAACAUUAUUUUUAAUGUAUAAUAUGUUGAUUGUACUAAAAAUAUAUACUUUUUAUAAAUGUUCCUAUUAUUUAUUUAAUAUCCUAAUGUUUCAUGUGGCAAUUCCUCUCCUUGCAGCUAAAAGUAGGUAAAUAUGAAAAAAAUACUUAGAAAAAUUUGUUUAAAGGCUACAAUUUGAAUAAUGAUAAUUUUGACUUACCCGUGUAUAUCUGAUUUUUCAGUUGUUUAGAUCGGUUGACAUAAUUUUAACUAAAUAAUAAUUUUACCAUUAUUAUAAAUAUUAUAAUUUAUCAUUAGAAAUAAAAUCUCAUAAAACUCAUUGAUAUCACUACUAGGUAAUAGUAGGUCAUAGGUUC